AUGCGGACAAAGCUUCUGCGCCAGCAGCACAAGGAUCGAGACCUGGACGAGUUCUUGAAGCACUUUCGUUUCGGGAACUUGAGCGAUGCCAUGCAAGACAAGGGCGGCAUGAGCGCCGUGAUGUGCGCUGUUCUGUCAGGGGACAUUGGCAUCUUGCGAUUCUUGGCCGGGAAGCGAGCUGACAUGAAUCACAGACUGCAUGGCAUGAGCGACCUGGGAUAUUAUGAUACGCAGACGGCGCUCAUGGCAGCAACAAAGUCGCGGCAGCCUCCAUCUAUGCUUGCAGCGCUUGUGGAGCUUCGUGCGAACGUCAACGCGCGCUCUCGAACAGGUCUGCCAGCCUUGUUCAUGUGUCGCUCACCUGGACACGUGAAAGUGUUGCUGGCGGUCCGUGCAGAGCUUUCCGACCUGGCCCUGAGUGGUGCUGCUGCUUUUGCAAACCCGGAGACUGUACAAGAGCUUCUGACGUGUCGAUGUGACCCGCGCAACAUGGAUGAGUUGCAGUCGGGGCCCCUGCAUUCAAUUGCUUUGACGUCACGUAGCAAUGGCAGAGCAGCUGAGACUGCAAGUUUGCUUUUGGCGCAAAACGCAGACGUGAAUGCGCGGGCUGCCCCAAGGGGUGAAUAUCUGUGGCAGUGCCGGUUGGCACGUCUGCGAGUGGCUGUCUUCGGCUUCUCCAACUGUAACAUGAUAACUCGCUAUGGAGCCUCCAUAGGAGGCAUGUUGGCGCUUGGCUUCGCAGCCAUGCUCGGCCAUGAGCCGCUCACGAAGCUUCUCCUGGCACAUGGGGCC